GCAGGCAGGGUGUAUCAGCCGACCCGCGCUGACGUGACGUUUCAGCUGCAAAGCAAAUUAUAAAAACUGACAAGAGUGCUCGAGACUUUAUUUGUGAGCAAAUGUGACCAUUUCCCAUUUCCUUCCAGUCCCCUCCUGAAGGGUUUCAACACAGACAGCUUCUCCAAUAACAGAAGACCACCGACCCCCUUAUGUGGCCAUCUCACCACCAACAACAUGCAAUCAUGGAUCCGCAGAGGCAGUCGAUGUGACCGGGGCUGAAGUAACAGGCUGCUGCUUUGGACCAACCUGAAGAAACUUUCCUCCCUGGCUGGUGCACGGUGAACUGUAACCGCAGCUGUGUGUGUGUGCGCGCGCGCGCGUGUGUGUGUGUGUGUUUUUUUUCACCUCUUUUUUCUCCGCGCCGCCUCUCACUUUAUUUCUAUGUGGGUGAGCAGUGUGUGAGUGUGUUUGUGGCACCUCCCCGCUCCUCCUUAGAUCUAGUUGCCCCCUUGUGCCUCGUAGGCUACACCAUGCAUUUCUCCUGCUCCUCCUGGCUACUAUAGUUAGAGCAGGAGCCCGAGAUUUCUCCCCCAGCCGACUCCCUACUGCCUUGGUUUGGACUUCGGAGCGUGCGUCAUGCCGCGACACCUGAAGCACACCCCGGUCCCGUUGCUGGACCGCGUGGUUCCUUUGUAACUGGAUCUACUUUUUUUUGGAGGGAGAGGAGGGCAUGCUCUCCUCGUCUCAGGAGAAGAAAGUAGAAAGAGAAGUGUGAGCAGCAGCGACAGAAGGAGGGAGAGAUCAUCUUAGAGACUGUAACUUACUUGUAGAUGUUUGAUCAGGCCACGACUAUGGGCGAUGGGAACCACCGCUGUGGACCCAACCCGCUGUGUCCGGACCGGAUGGACACAAAGUGCCGCGCCGAGAUAGGGAGCCGGUCCCCGGUUCAGAGCUCCACCGACACCCCGGGGACAUCAGCGUCCACACCGACGUCCUCCAGCGAAGACGGACACGACAAACUUUUGGGAGUGGACCCUGACUACUGUCGGAGGAUAUUAGUAAGAGACGCCAAAGGCACGAUCCGGGAGAUCGUCCUGCCCAAAGGCCUCGACCUGGACCGACCCAAGCGCACGCGGACCUCCUUCACGGCCGAGCAGCUGUACCGGCUCGAGCUCGAGUUCCAGCGGUGCCAGUACGUCGUGGGCCGCGAGCGCACCGAGCUCGCGCGGCAGCUGAAUCUCUCCGAAACACAGGUCAAGGUGUGGUUCCAAAACCGCCGGACCAAACAGAAGAAGGACACCACCAAAGACUCGGACAAACGCUCUUCCUCCACGUCCGAGUCUUUGGCCACCUGCAACAUCCUGCGCCUCUUGGAGCAGGGCCGCCUCCUGGCGGGCCCCGCCCCGCCUCCCAACUCCCUCUUAGGGCCCCCGCCUCACCCGGUAAAUGGCUCCCUGCUGAGCAGCCCGGGCGGAGGCUCCUCCACUUCCCCUGGAGUCAGCAGCAACACUCCUCCCAGCUCCCUACCAGGGGGAACUUUCGGGCUGUCGCUGCCAUCGCUGGGCGGGACCCCGCCCUCACCGCGGCUGGGUGUCCCACCGCCGCACUCCCUGUGCUUCUCCAUGCCGCUGCUGGGGGGUGCUCAUCACGAACUGACAUCCACUUACGGCUGUGGCUCCUCAGCUUUUGAGCCGUACAUGCGGCUGGACAGGAAAGAGGCAGAUUUGGGGGGAAAGAAGACAGUUUCUUAAGUAAUGUGUCCCUCUCUGAGGACGCCGGGGGACUGGGACUUGUCUUUGUAAGAGCUUUUCUCCCCAGUCUCUCACCCUGCCGCCUGUUUGACACUCGAGUGGCCGCAGACGGGGGAAAGAAAUCACCCCGGAUCAUGAGAAAUGUGAAAAAGGAAGAGACCAGGUUGCUUUCCUUGCGGCACCAUUUUGUGCCACAGCACUGUUUGGCACGCUGCCACAAAAUGGUGAAAAGGACGCGAUGUGACGGAGACACUCCCACAUAAAAAAUAGGAAAAAAAAAAGAAAAAAAAAACUUGUGAAUUUUUGCAAAAAUGCCGUGUGUGUGUGUUGUGUGAACCCUGACAGACAGAUGUUUUUACCACCACUCUCUUCGCAGUGGUUUUAAGUGACUCUUCAUUUUUUGUCCCGUGAGUUUGUACGUGUGGUUUUUUCUCUCUGUACAGGCCUUCAUCUACUGUUCAGGAAAAAAAAAAAAUACUUGACAUGGAUAGUUCAGAUUGAAUCAGCGUCUGAAUGAGAAGAGUGAUAUUUCAAAGAGAGCAGUUUGUACACAUUUCUAUUCAAGGGCCAUGUUUGAUUUUAGUUGAUGUGCUAUCACAAUAUGGAAGAAACACUGAAAAAAAAAAAAGAAUCGUAGCAUUUUAAUAUCAGUCUGUUUGGUGUCCAGCAGUAGUUUUUUGUAAAUUCUUUAUUUGAUGUGUUUGUUUAUGAAAUAAUAUGUGGUAGGAUCUGGAGCGAUGAUGCAAAAAUCACAUAUCUAGAUCCAAUAGUUUAAUAUAAAAGAACAUGAUAAGAGAGAAGAAAUGUUGCGUGAGGAAGCUGGUCAGACUCUGCCAAAGCAUUUAUGGAUCCAGCUUCAGUCAGUGAAGCAAGUCGAGGUCGGGCUGAGAGAAAUGACCUUUGAACCCAGACUGAUCUUUGAUUCACAGAUGUCACAGUUUCUUUUUGAGUAAGCGUCAUCCCCCGUGCACUAGAUCUGAGUUUUCACACAUGAGGGUUAAGAAUCUGGACAAGUUUUUUGGACAGAAGUUGUGUUCACAGGACCAAAUCUGUGACGACUAUACGAUUAACGAUUAAUCGAUUAGUCGAUUGGUCCAAUUUUUAACCUUUUCAGUCAUAUUUUAAGCAAAAAAAACAAAACAUUCUCCGGUUCAAUCCUCUCAAAUGCGCCGGAAUGAUGUUUUCCUUUGACAUAUAAGGUUUGCAACACAUCACAACAACAGCUAUCACACACAUAUAUAUAUUUUUUUAUAUUAGGUCAUAUCCAUAAUUGAAAUAAAACCUCAUUGUCUUUUACACAGGAAGCUUUUCCUGUAGGAUGUGAGAAGCUGCAGCAUCACGAGAAAGGUUGAGUUUUAAAGGUUCUUUAGUUUUCUUUAAAUUGAUAUUUUGUGUUUUGUGCCAUGUUUCCUCUUUUGAUUUAUUUUGUGACAUUUGGCUCGGCCUCCUGUUCGUCUUCACCUUGGCCCAUCUAUAACAAAGAAGAUCCCUCUGCUUGCCCCCCUCAUUGAAAGCACUUUAUGUUUGUGGGUUUUUCCUCCAGUUCCCCUCCUCCCCUCCCUUUUUUUUUUUUUUGUGCUUUUGAAGCCAUUUCAUUAACUGCUGAUCCACACUGAAAGACCUCCACGAUUUAGAAAAACCAUCAGUCGUAACAGAGUUGGUUUAUUGAAGAAAAACCCCUCAGUUUUUCUUUCAGCUACACUUUUUUUUAAUUGAUUGAUUUGAACCAACGCUGACCUCAGGAUCUGAUUCCGUGAACAUAUGUUAAUGCAGGACAGGCUGAAGGAAGAAAGAGGAGGAGUGGGCUGUAGUAUUUUUCUUUCCACCCAUAUGAUGCCAUAUGUCCGGGUUCCCUCGUUGUCCAAAGAAAAUCAAAACUCACCUGCAACAACCUGCGUUUCCUCACAGUUUGCCCUCAAUUUGCGGGUGUCAGAUGAGUUAUUGCCCUCUUUUCAUAACUUCUGUCGGUCGUCUCUUCGCUGUGUCUCAUUUUCCUAUGUAACUAUUCAUUUCCAGGCUCCGUCUCAUUGUGAGCUUUAAUGCGUUUUCCCUUGAUCCCUUUCUCUCACGUUCGCUGAAGGUGACUUGACAUUCACUAAAAAAAAAAAAGAGAAAAAGAAAACAGACACUCUUGUGACAUCAAUUUAAAAAGGCGCUUUUUACAAGCAAAGGCCAGGCUCCAUCUGAAACAGGCGAGCAUGUUUCCAGCUGUAUAUACAGUUCUCGUGGAGAGCAUAGAGAGGUUCUGACCUCAGCCUAUGAAAACUCCCGGUCUGUCAGCUCUCCGGGCCUUUUUGCGCCCGUGUAGCUCCGGCUGGUAGCUGGUGAUUUGUUGUUGUUGUUGUUGUUUUCAGACCCCGGCAGUGCUGCAAAAAAAAAAAACCUCUGUCAUCUACUCGCGGCUCUUUGCAGCGCUGCACCUGUGCUGUUGUUGAACACUGUAUUAUUUUCUAUAAGCACCAUCUAUAAUUCACACGCUGUGACAUCAAAUAUUGAGCAGAGAGAUGGAGCUGAGAGGUCAGGACGCUUGCUUCCCAUGUAAGGCCGAUGUUCCCUUUUCACAAACCCUUUUUUCUUUAUUCACAACAGGGUCGUUUCAGUCUUCGCUAAACUGCUUUCCUGCUGUGUUGUAAGCAAAACGCAGUCUCUUCCCCCUUUUUUUUUUUUUUUUUUUGCUGGAAUAUUUCAUUUUUUUUCUUACAGAUUUAGUGUUGAUUUCAAGUCCAUACUUACUAUGUGGAUAAAUGAACAAAAACAGCUCAGAAUUAGUGUGAUAUGAGAGGAGAAACAGUUUUUUGUGGUUCAGUGGUUACAAAAAAAAAGAAAAAAAAAAAGAAAAGAAAUCGUCUCACACUCUUUAUUUCCCUCAUAAUUCAGCACUGACUCCAUGUUGGGUCACUGUACGGUGGUGUUUUGUAAUGUAAAUCUGCAGUUCCUGUAUUGUACGCUCGGAAACGACGAGGCGACUGUAAAAGCAGCUACGAGAUGAACGAGACAGUCGGAGAAGUGAGACGCCACUUCUCCUCCAGGCGACAGAAAGACACUUUGUAAAGCCUUGCAUCAGUUUUAUAUAUAUAGAUAUAUAUAUAUCUAUAUAUAUAUAAAAAAGCCUUCAGUUUUUAUUUUUGGGUUCUCCAGUUUUUUCUGCUUUCUCAAGCUUCUUCUCAUCCCAGCAGCUGAGUGGAAGUGUUGCUUUUGUUGUGUGCAAUCUGUGACAUCUUGCACUUGUUUGGGUUAAACCACCAUCUCAGAAACAUUAUGACUCUCACUACUGCAUCAUGGCUUUUCUUGAUGGAUAAAGUCCUUUUGAGAUUGUGUGAAAUGUUACUUUAUUUUCUAAAAAAAAAGAACUUCUGCUAUAGGUUUUACUUUUUUCUUUAUGCACAGCCAAGGCCCCGCAUCGGCCAUAACUUCUUUUCUUUGAGCAGUAAAAGUUACUUAAUGUCAAGCUAAUGGCACCAGCUACUACUUAUGAUGAACAAACUCUAUGUACAUAGAUAUAAAUUUAUAUAUAAAUAUAUAUAAAUGGGUCUUUGCACAAGUUAUCUCCAUGUCCGCUCCAUGUGAUUUUAACAGGAAAAACAAAAUGCGAAGGAAAGUUCAGAAAAAAAAGACUUUAUAUAUGCUUUACAAUUCUUUGUCUCAUUAACAUUUUGCACUUAUUUAAAGAGGCUUACUUCUGUUUCUGGGCUGACAGAGCUGUUUUCACGCUCGGCCAAGAUAUUGUACAAUAUGUAUAUGUAUUUUUAUUCAUAUGCAUAUAAAUAUAUGUCUAUGUAAUUUGCCUCAUGUGUUCUGUU